AUGGAACCCAUCCGCGCCCGCAAGCGACCCACUCCGGCGCCGGCAGCAGAAAGGUCGCUCCGGCCUGCCGAUAAGGAGGCCUCCGACCGCACCCAGCUCGCCGGCUUCACAGAUCUGCCCGCAGAAAUCCACCUUCUCAUCUCCAAGCAACUCAUAUACCCCGACGCCCUCUCACUGAAACACACCAGCAGCUACUUCUACUACCUCGUCGACACGGGCGUACGACUCAAGGUGGAGUGGCUCAUGGAGCGCCGCAUGCUUCAUCUUGAGUGCUUCUGA